AUGAUGAAGGUUAAACCAAUCGCCACCGAGAGAGGUAUUGAUGAUCUUCCGGAGGAAUUAGUGAUAAACAUAAUGGCAAGAUUGCCGCCGCAAAGUCUCGUUAGGUUAAAGUUAGUGUGUAGAGAAUGGAAAUCGCUUACGGAAUCUGCAUACCUCCGUGAUCUCUACCAUAGCAACUUCAGCUCAAACUCUUCUUCUAACUGGUCCAUCCUUCACGGAGAUCUCAAACACAAAUGGCCACAUUCUUGUUUUGAGGAGUUGGAACUCGAUCUACCAUCACCGCAUGGUCAUUCUUCUUUUGCAAGAAGUGUAUUUACGAAUAAAACUGGAGAUAUUAGCGUUGCGUCUUGCACUGAUGGAUUGUUUCUGCUGUGUUUCCGACAAGUCCAUGAGGAGGAAACGAGGGUGAGGUUGAUGGUACGUUACUACGUUGGGAAUCCAGUGUUACCACAAUGGCUUCAACUCCCUCCUCCUCCUUCUCCUCAUGUGCCAUACGAUUCCGGACUUGUGACACGCAUGCACAAUGGUGCCCUCUUAGGCUACAAGGUGGUUAGAUCACAUCAUGAACCAUUCAAGUCCCAUGAUCCUCAAACGUUGAGUUUUGAGGUCUUUUCAUCGGAUACAGGUGAAUGGAGUGUUAAACAAGUUUCUUGUCCCGGGAUUGGUGUUUCUAUACGCAAAGCUUCCGCAUAUUAUCCCGUUUCUUUGGAUGGGAAACUUCACUGGCUUGAUAACUCCCGCCGUGUCAUCAUUGUCCAUAAUUUCUUCUCUAAUGAUGAUGAUGAUCAAGUUCGAGCCAUAAGCCUACCAAAUAGGAUGCAAGGCACUCAAUGGUAUCCAUAUUGUAAGAUGAUCUGCACCACCUCGCAAGGAUAUUAUGUGAUUGUUGAUGUUGAAUUGAUAGAAAAGGUCAAUAGCUAUAGCGUUAGGGUUUGGAGGCUCAAGUGUGAUGAUGAUUCUUGGAAGUGGGAAAAGGCAUGGGAAAUGAACAUGUCAUGUCUAGGGCUUGCAAGUAACUGUGUUCCAAUGGCUAUAAACUGUUUUGAUAUCGACAUCAUCUACCUAUGGGACUUAGACUGCAAAUGUUUCAUUGCUUGUAACCUUAGGGAAAAUACAAAAUCUUAUGGAACUCGUAAAGAUGGUGUCCUUCACAAGAACCGGCACCGCACUUUAUUUCAGACUAUGGAAGAUGUUGUCGUCUACAAGGAAGAUGCUUUCUGCUGUGAGCCAUAUCCGUGCGUUUUGCAUUAUGUUCCAUCCUUGCAAGUUAUACCACACUGA